AUGUCGACGGAUAAAUUGAAAGAAGCAGUACCUGUACAUUAUGAAUAUUGUUAUUGUUGUUUUUAUUCUGCUUCUUCUGUUCAUUCACAGUUCAGGUCAAUCGAUGCCUUAUCGACAACAUCAACACUACCGACGCCUCGACAACAACGUAAUCAUUUUUGGGGACCAGUUGCUAAUUGGGGUUUACCAUUAGCUGCUCUAGCAGAUUUAAAAAAAGAUCCUGAAAUUAUUAGUCCAAAAAUGACUGUUGCAUUAUGUUUCUAUUCAAUGUUAUUCAUGCGCUUUGCUCUUCAAGUGAAACCCAAAAAUCGACUUUUAUUUGCCUGUCAUUUUGCUAAUGAAUGUGCACAAUUAAUACAAUUGGCAAGAUUUCUUAAUUACAAAUACGGUACACAACAACCGAUGAAACAAUAUAAAGUUCCAUCAACUGUUGUUGAAUCACAAUGA